AUGCCACCUAUCACCACUCCAGCCCCGCAUAGAGCGGCAGCACCAUCACCGUAUUCGAGACAGAGUAGGACCCAUUCUCUCACUCGUAGAUCCUCCGACACGCGUAAGGAUAAAGCUUUGGAAGGUGUUCUACCUGGUAAAUCAGGCUCAAUCCAGCUUCAAGCUCAAAAUCCACCUCAACAAGGCAAGAAAAAGAAAGAGAAGAAGAAAAACAAGAAACGAUCUUCUUCGUCCUUGAACUUUCAAAUCAAACCUUCUGCAGCUGAACUACUCUCUUCCAUCACCCCUAAAGAAGAUAAUGACGAUGGAGAUCAAGAGGAAGAAGCACAACAACAAAUGAAGGGAACAUCAUCUAAAGCAUUGGACCAUCUCAUGAAUUUACGCAAACCCCCUUCUCCAUCCCCAGAAUCCGAACAUGCUGAAGACAUACAAAUGACUCCUGAGAAACCACUUAAUGAUAACAAGAUCGACACACCUACUUCAUCUCGUACUGCGUCCGCCGGAUCACCUAUCGUCAAGAAAGGGGAUACUAAGAGUCAAAAGAAGAGAGAGAGAAGACUCAAGCUCGUUGCUGAACAACAAGCUAUAAACAAGAGAUCGAAGCUGGAUAACUGUGUGACUCAAGAAGAUGUCUCGAACAAAGCUCAACCGACCAAGAUGGAAUCAGAUGAGGUAGUUGCACGAAGAGCCGAGAUGGAGUCGGCAGCUAAAGUGAAAGUUGAAGAGGAAAGAAAACGCAGAUCGGAUCAGGAAUUAGCUAGAAUUAGAGAAGAAAGAAGAAAACAUAAGGAGCUGGAGGAUCGUGCUGAGAGCGCUGAGAAAGAGCUUCAAACCUUCAAACUGAAAGUCGAAGAAGAAAGGGUCGCUACAGAGAAGAAGUUGAAAGAGGAUGAAAGUUCAUUACUCAAAUUGCAAAAGGAGAUUCAGGACGGAAAAGAGGUUAAGGAUGCUCAAGCAGCUCUCAUCACUAAUCACGAUAACAUCAAGAAAGCGAUUGUGCAUGCUUUAGAAUGUGGAAUCUGCUUGAAUACAAUAGAUGAUCCUCAUAUUCUCUCGUGUGGUCAUGUAGCCUGCAAGUCCUGUCUCGUUGAUUGGUUCCGGACACCUACCGCCCUUCUACAUGAAUAUCAUCAACCCAUUACCGAAGAAACCGACCUAUCCUAUCGAGCGAAAGUAUGUCAUGUGUGUCGGGCGACUGUACUUCGUAAACCUGCUCGAGCGUUUUUCCUUCGAGCUAUUCUCGAACCUCUCGGGUUGUACGAACAUAAACCCCCACCCACUUCCCAGGAUCCAGACCUAUGGACAAAAAUAUUCCCGUUAGAAGCGAAGACAUAUCGGCUUUAUGACUCGGAAGAUCAUGCUCAUAGGUGUCCUGGUUGUUUAGGUGAGAUCGUCGAUGGCAUAUGUGAAGGGUGUGAUCUGGAAUUCAGUGAUCAUACUAGUGAUGGCGAAGAAGGUGAAGAACUUUCCGAAGAGGAAGAGUUUGGAAGUGUACUUGGAGAUGGAGAAAUCGUCAGAUUGAAUUCUAGCUCGCCAGUCGGAGCUGAAAUGUUCCUGGAUGAUGAAGCGGAAGUAGAUGAAUCGUCAAAUGAUGAGAGUGAAGCGGAAGAAAUUCGAAGACGGCGACGGAGAGCAGAUAGAGAUGCAGCUGAAAGAAGACGAAGAAGGGUCGAAGGAUCACCAAUCGAUAGUCAAGGAUCAGUUGCGAGAAAUCGAGCUUCGCCUGAAACAGGACUUCAGAAUGUGCUGAAUUUCCUCACUGGACCGGCUUUUGGAGGUGAAGAUGACGAUUCUGAAUCUGAGGUAUCGGAGAGAGAAUUAGGCUCAGAAGAUGAAUACGGUGGAUCGUUCAUUGACGAUGAAUUAGAUGAGAAUGAGAAUAUGGACGAUGGGGACUUACUGAUGGAGAAUGGAGGUUCUCCCAGAUCAAGAUCACCUUCUGCGUUAUCAUCUGAAGCUGAUGUCACCCCACCUCGUGUAAGAAGAAGAGUCAGUCCUCCUUCUGCAAGCGAAGACGAAGAUGAACAACCCGUUUUCAUUGGAACAAGGAGAAGACCAGCUCCAAUUAUCCUGUCAGACUUGUCAGAUGAUGAUUGA